AGUCGAUGGUAUUCAUCUGGUUAAACAAGAACUCUCCAAUUCAAAGUGUUAUUUAGUGUGCUAAAAACAAGAAAGUUGAGCUAGGUCAUGUUGAAAAUAUUCUUUCUUUUAUCGGUGAUUUUUGUCAAAAUUUUUGGACAAGUUCCAAGUUUUGGACGUUGUCCAGAUUUUGAUGCAAUGCCUGCUUUUGACAAAGAUCAAUUUUUAGGAAUUUGGUAUGAAACUGAAAGAUAUUUUACAGUCACAGAAGUAGUAUCGAAAUGUAUUUCGGCUAAUUAUGAGCUAAGAGCUGAUGGAAAAAUUUACGUCAACAACCACUACGUUAAUCGAAUCAACAAUGUCAAGAGAAUAAUCUCAGGAAAAUUGACGUUAACAGGCAAAGGAGACGAAGGCAAAUUUACUAUCAAGUACGACACUUUCCCAAUAUCUUAUGAUGCAUCAUUGGUAGUCCUCGACACUGAUUAUAGAAACUAUGCAGUGAUUUGGAGUUGCAGUAAUAUCGGACCAUUUGGUCAUACUGAAAGUGCUUGGUUAAUGGCACGUGAUCGCGUUCCUCGAGGUGAAGUUUUACAAGCUGCAUACGGUGUUCUUGAUAAAUAUAAAAUGAAUCGUUCGUUCUUUGUCAAAACUGAUCAGGCUAACUGUGAAACUCUUCCACCGCCCGUUGAAGCUAUUGAUGUUGAAGUAAAAAAGGGUGAAGUCAAACAAGAACCUGAAAAUUCAACAGAAAAAACUGUUGAAGUCAAUACAGUUUCAACUGAAAAAGUUAGUGGGCAAAUACCUGCAUUUGGGAGGUGUCCAAAUAAAUACAAACCGAUGAAAGAUUUCAACAAAUAUCAGUUCAUGGGAAAAUGGUAUGAAGUUGAAAGAUUCUAUCUAAUGAGGGAUAUAAUCGCAAAAUGUGUAGCAGUAACGUUUGAAAGAUUUGACGAUGGAAAAAUUUAUGUUAAUAAUGUUUACACAAAUCGACUGUUAGUAGAGAAUAUCUUAUAUAAGGAAACAAUUGCAGGAAAAUUCAAAUUAACAUCAGGGGAGAAUCGAGGAAUUUUUAACAUACGUUAUGAACGUUUUCCGGCAGCUUUACUUCCAGAUUUUUUAAGCUUUGUUAACUUCAACACAACGAUGACAGUUCUCCAUACUGACUAUAAAAAUUUUGCAAUUCUCUGGUCUUGUCGAAAUAUUAAUCAGUUCGCUCAUAUUGAGAGAAGUUGGCUGAUGACACGAGAGCAAUCACCUUCUGAAUUGGUUAUACAAUCAGCUUACGGCUUUCUUGAUAAAUUUGGGUUGAGAAACUAUUUCAUCAAAUCUGAUCAAUCAAAUUGCGACCCAUAAAUAAAUAUUUCUCUUUUUAAAAUUCCUGACAAAAAAAUUCUAUUUAUUUAAACUUAAAAAUCGAAAAAUUGUGAAC